AUGCCGUCAACCGAGGAUCCUCCGCGCGUCAAAGAACCCACGUGUCCAAUGAAAGAUUGGCCGCGGCCCAUUCAACACAUUGAUCGAAAGGACCUGUACACUGACCUUGAAAGCCGAAUCCAAUAUCUACAUUCCUUUCUCGACUUUAGUUCUGAUGACAUCGAAGCCUUGAUCAGUGGAUCGAAAUACAUCAAAGCCCUAAUUCCUGCAAUUGUCAAUAUCGUCUACCGCAAGUUGCUUCAGUAUGACAUCACGGCACGCGCGUUCCAAACACGAAGCACCAGUUUCGAGGGUCCAUUGGAUGAGUUCCCGAGUGAAGAUAGUCCGCAAAUCGCACAUCGAAAAAUGUUCCUGAGGGGGUAUUUAAUCAAACUAUGCUCCGACCCGAGCAAGAUGGAUUUCUGGGAGUAUCUCGAUAAAGUUGGCAUGAUGCACGUCGGCCAAGGCCGCCAACACCCCCUUCACGUAGAAUACAUCCACAUCGGCGCCUGUCUCGCAUUCAUCCAGGAUACCUUCACCGAAGCUAUCCUGUCACAUCCACGGCUGCACCUGCCACGAAAAAUCGCACUGGUGAAGGCCCUAGCCAAGGUGAUAUGGAUCCAAAACGACCUAUUUGCGAAAUGGUAUGUGACAGAUGGCCGCGAUGAGUAUGGCGAUGAGAUGCCGGCGAGGGGUGUUGAGGAGGAAGGGUUCUUGGGCGGGAAGAAAGUUAUUGACGCGGAUAAUUCGCAGGCGGAGGAUGUCGCGGCUUAA